AAAAAUCAUGUGUUGUAUCUUUUUAUAUGAAGAUUUCUCUUGAACUUGAGCUUCAGAGCGGCAGAGGUCAUUUUAAUAUCUGAUGAAAAACAUCUCAAGCUGACGUUGCGAUGCGUCCUUAGCAGUUCAGAGGAGGGGGUGCUUCCUGAACUUAAGAUCUACUUCCGCUUGCACAUACAUCAACAAAUGUAUAAAAGCUAUACCUUUGCAGCGCUAUACUUCCGUUACACAGAAACAUGUCUCGGUCAACACAUCACAACAAACCAAUCUCAGUCUCUUGUGAUGAAUGCGCCGGCCUACUUCAAAAGCUAAGAACAGAUAGUCCACUUGUUCAAUGCAUUACAAACUAUGUGUCUAUGGAUAUCAUGGCAAACACUCUUCUUGCAAUAGGAGCAUCACCCGCUAUGGCACACGCUGAAGAGGAAGUAGAAGAGUUUAUUGGUUUGGCCUCAGCAUUGCUGAUCAAUAUUGGAACACUCUCUGUCCCGUGGAUCAGGUCCAUGCACAAGGUUGCAGCCAAGGCACGUGAACUAGGGAAACCAUGGGUGUUGGAUCCAGUAGGCGUGGGUGCCACCAGCUUGCGGACAAAGACUGCGACCGAACUGGCUCUUUCUUAUAAACCCACAGCGAUUAGAGGCAAUGCUUCUGAGAUUAUGGCUCUGGCCAAAAGUGUUUGCAAAAGACUCGAUGUUGAAUCAUCAGAUGGUGCUCAAAAAGGGGUUGACAGUAGCCAGAGUUCCGACCACGCCCUUGGGUCUGCCAAGGCCCUUGCCCUUGAGUGUCACUGUGUUGUCGUGGUAACUGGAAAAGACGACUUCGUGACUGAUGGCAGCAGGGUGAUCACAGUGUCGAAUGGCCAUCCAGUGCUGACGAAGAUCACCGCAGCAGGGUGUGCGUUGACAGCUGUUAUGGCGGCAUUUGUUUGUUUAGGCGAUUCAACAGACGUCGAUCACGUGAUGAAAAGUUGUGCAUGCGCAUUGAGCGUGUUUGGAAUCGCAGCUGAACUGGCUGUUAAAGAUCCAGCGGUUAAAGGCCCCGGUAGUGCCAGAAUGCACAUGCUUGAUGCGUAUAGCAGCAUCAGUUCAGAAACCUUGUCACAAAUGGCCAAAUUUUCAUAACUUAAUUUUCACUGAUAUGGAGAAAAAGUAGUAGUUUAAAUUGAAGCAAAUGACAUGUCAUAAAAUACAUGUUUCUUGGUCGAUUUCUGUUAUUUUGCAUGACAUAGCACUAACCUGCCCGAUGCCCCGUAGCCAGGGUUUUCAUAUAAAGGCCAUAUUUAUUUAUUCGCGUUGUGCUGUAAAAUGUACCCAACUACCUCUUUUCGCUUCACCUGAUGAAAAGUUUUAUAAACACUUGCAAAUGCUUAUAUAAACAAUUGCUUAUAAGCAUUGAACAUUCUCUCAUAGGCAUACAAACCGCACUUCCGUACAUAACGCCAUUAUUUUGUUCACUGGCGUACAUUAUUUUGUAGAAAAUGGCGAGAAAAAAGCGUACACUUAUUAUUAUUCUGUAUGAAAUAUCGGGAAAAUGUUUGCUCGUUGUUAUUGUCUAGAAAAUGGCGGGAAAAAGUGUACGAUCAUUAUUAUUCAUUGAUUAUUAUUCUGUAGAAAAUGGCAAGAAAAUCAUUAACAUUUUUUUGAAAAUGGCGGGAAAAAGUCUACGCUCAUUAUUAUUCUCUAGAAAAUAACGGGGGAAAGUGCACGCUCAUUAUUAUUCUGUAGAAAAUGGCGGGAAAAUAUUUGCUCAUUAUUGUUUUUUAGAGAAUGGCUGGAAAAGAGCGUAUUCUCAUCCUUAUUCAGUAUACCCUGUAUGAUGUCAACCUACAAUGCAUUAAUUAGUUUGAUUACUAAUUACUGGCACUAUUGCAUGGAAUGAAGAUAUCCAAUUACAAUUUACUGAUAGAUAAUUUACUUGUUAAUAUAAACCCAUAAUAAAAGUUUAUUUGACUUAAACUAGUGUACAGCUUAGGAUUUGUAUUUGCAGAAUUAGGGUAGAAGUUGUGGAAUUUUCAUUCCAUUCAUUACCUUUCACCCUAAUUUUGCAAAUAUACAGUUGCUUGUUAAUUUCCUUUGGUCCUCAAUAGACUAAUAUUUUUUAAUG